GGUUUGCUGAUGACCGCACUGAUCAACCAGACAAGGAUGCCUCUGGGUGAUGACCUACCUAUGUACGUAUACAUCCAAAGGGCACGUAUCCAUGCCCUAAUUUUAUUAGGAGGUCUCAUUCUACCGGACACCACGGGGUGUAAGGUGCCAUUUAUGUGGUUGAAUGGGCUUGGGGAUCCAGAAGAGGUGAAGAAUAUUAGUUGGGGAAGUGCGGCAUUGGCCUACCUUUAUCAUUAUCUGUGCGAGGCUUCCAUGGAUAAGAGAAAAGAGUUGGGCGGGCCUAUGAUGCUUCUGCAGCUAUGGGCGUGGGAAAGAAUGCCCACAUUGAGGCCUGCGUUCAUUGGACCAGUUGUGCACGAGCCAUAUACACCAUGUGGCGCCAGGUGGAAAGGAACAACGCAGAUAGGAAAUGCUCCUAGACACUCGGUUGAGCAUUAUCGUGACCAACUAUCUCUGAUUAGACCUGGCCAGGUGAGUAUUAUUUCGGUUUAGACUUCAUUUAAGAACUUAUUACGGAAUUAUUCAGUGGCAUUUGCAUUGCUG